UUCAAAUAAACAAAAUACUUGGGGAGUGAAGGGGGUUGGUCAGAUGGAUUGUUCUGGACUUGUGAAUUUGGUUUCGAUUUUAUAAUGAGGAGGAUCUGACGCCUUCAAUUCUAUUUCUUCCUCUGCAAGAAACUCACAAACCAUAAUUUAAUUCAUAUAUUGUUAUAUCUUCACUACAUUCCUUCAUUUUGCAACUCUCUCUAUCUCUCUCUCUGCUGACCGCCGUUGACCACCAGUCGCCACCACCGUUCUCUCACUCCUCACUCUCCUCCGCCGCUCACCAUUCCUCAAUCAUCUCUCAACAGCUAAUUUCCACUUCCUUACACGCGCCGCCGAGCGGUUAACUCUGCGAUCAACCCUAACGCCUCCGCAAAUCGUUUCCGGCGACUUUGAUAACCACUAAACCACCAUCAGUUACCGAAAUGACUGAAUUUUGACUGUAACAAGUUCGAUUAACCUGCUACGAAGGUAACGAUCUAUCCAUGUGCUUUAUGUUUAGUUCGUUGUUGUUAAAAGAACGAGAGGUUUUCGCGUGACUGAAACUCUGGUUUGAAAUCAGUUGUUUCCAGAGAUAGUAUUGCAAUGGGGACACCAAAGGCGAAAGUUUCUUUUCAGCUAGCGUCUGUUGGUAGGAGACCACAGGAGGAGUAUGGAAUACGGGUCGACAAUUCUAAUAAUCCAUUUGAACAUGUUUGGUUGCAGACUAGUGAGGAUGGGUCUAGGAGGAUACACCCAUUGGAAAAACAUUCAGUCAUGGAUUUUAUUAAUAAGACGGCAAGUGAUGUAGAGCCUGUAAAACCACCUCCCGUUGAGAGUACAUCUCUCAAGGUCGUACAAGAUGUAAAAGGUCUGAAGGAGUUAGUUGCCAAAUUGUGUGGUGCCAAUGAAUUUGCGGUCAAUUUGAAAGGCAAUCAAUAUCGAUCUUUUCAAGGGUUAACUUGCUUGAUGCAAAUAUCUACUAGAACAGAAGAUUUUAUUGUGGAUACAUUGAAACUACGGGUUCAUAUUGGCCCAUAUCUGCGAGAGGUUUUCAAGGAUCCUACCAAAAGAAAGGUUAUGCAUGGAGCUGAUCAAUGUAUAAUAUGGCUGCAACGUGACUUUGGUAUAUAUGUUUGCAAUAUGUUUGAUACUGUACAGGCCUCAAAGGUGUUAAAGUUUGAGGAGAAUUCUCUAGAGUUUCUAUUAAGACACUUUUGCAAGGUUGCAGCACAUGAAGAAUACGAAAAUGCAGAUUGGCGAUUGCGGCCAUUGACUGAUGAAAUGCUGAGAUAUGCCAGAGAGGACACGCAUUAUCUUCUGUUCCUAUACGAUCUUAUGCAAAGGAGGCUGCUUUUAUCACCAACAGAUCCAGAGUGCCCUGAAGCACCACCUCUUGUUGAGGUAUACCAACGUAGUUCCGAUAUAUGUAUGCAGCUCUAUCAGAAAGAGAUUUCGACUGAGAAUUCAUAUCUAAACAUAUACGGGUUGCAUGCUGCUGAUCUUCACGCCCAGCAACUUGCCAUUGUUGCAGAACUAUAUAAGUGGAGAGAUGCUACUGCCCGUGAAGUAGAUGAAAGUACAUGUUAUAUAUUGCCAGACAAAGUACUUAUAGAAAUUGCAAAGCAGAUGCCAGUGACAACUCUAAAAUUGUGCCACUUAUUGAAGUCGAGACACCCGUAUAUUGUGCGAAACCUUGGUCUCGUUGUUACCAUUAUUACGAACUCCAUGCAGAAUGCUGUUGCAUUUGAACCUGUUGCCAAGAAAUUGAAAGAAGAACACUUUGACAUGCGGGAUGCAAAAAAUGUUACAGUUGCUAAUCGUAAAGAACCAGCAGAAGUUGCAGGAAGUGAAAGUACUAGUAAUGCUGUCGAAGAUGACACUUUUGAAAAGGAAGUUGGAAACUUUGAAGUUGGAGCGAACCAAAACCACAAAUUAGGUAGGCCACAGGAGAAGUAUAACAUACGGGUCGACAAUUCUUAUCGGCCAUUUGAACAUGUUUGGUUGCAGAGAAGUGAGGAUGGGUCCAGGUUGAUACACCCAUUUGAGGAAUAUUCAGUCAUGGAUUUUAUUGAUAAGACGGUAAGUGAUGUAGAGCCUGUAAAACCACCUCCAGUUGAAACUACACCUUUCAAGCUCGUACAAGAUGUAAAAGAUCUGAAGGAGUUAGCUACUAAAUUGCGUGAUACGGAUGAAUUUUCGGUUGCUUUGAAACAGAAUCAACAUCGUUCUUUUCAAGGGUUGACUUGCUUGAUGCAAAUAUCUACUAGAACAGAAGAUUUUAUUGUGGACGCAUUUAAACUACGGGUUCAAAUUGGCCUGUAUUUGCGAGAGGUUUUCAAGGAUCCUACCAAAAGAAAGGUUAUGCAUGGAGCUGAUCGAUGUAUUCUAUGGCUGCAACGUGACUUUGGUAUAUAUGUUUGCAAUAUGUUUGAUACUGGACAGGCGUCAAAGGUGCUAAAGUUGGAGGAGGAUUCUCUAGAGUAUCUAUUGAGCCACUUUUGCGAGGUUCCUGCAAAUGAAGAAUACAACAAUGCAGAUUGGCGAGUGCGGCCGUUGACUGAUGCAAUGUUAAGACAUGCCAGAGAAGACACGCAUUAUCUUCUGUUUAUAUAUGAUCUUAUGCGAAGGAGACUGCUUUUAUCACCAACAGAUCCAGAACGCCCUGAAGCACCACCUGUUAUUGAGGUAUACCAACGCAGUUACAAUAUAUGUAUGCAGCUCUAUCAGAAAGACAUUCUGACUGAGAAUUCAUAUCUAAACAUAUAUGGGUUGCGUGCCGCUGAUCUUAAUGGUCAGCAACUUGCCAUCGUUGCAGGACUUUGUGAGUUGAGAGAUUAUAUUGCCCGUGAAGUAGAUGAAAGUACAUGCUAUAUAUUGCCAGACAAAGUUCUUAUAGAAAUUGCAAAGAAAAUGCCAGUGACAACUCUAAAAUUGUGCCACAUAUUGAAGAGGAGACACCCGUAUAUUGAGCGAAACCUUGAUUUCGUAAUUAGCAUUAUUACGAAUUCUGUGCAGAAAGCUGCUGCGUUUGAACCUGCUGCCAAGAAACUGAAGGAAGAGCACAUUGAAAUGAUAGCUACAAGAAAUAUUAAAUUUGCUAAUGUUGAAGAAGCAACCGAAGUUGAAGGAAGUGAAAGUACUAGCAAUGUUGUUGAAGAUGACACAUUUGAAAAGAAAGUUGGAAACGUUAUUGUUGGAGCGAACCAAAACCAUAAAUUAGAAGUAUCUUCUGCUUCGAGAAUAAGCAUUGAGGUACAUAAGAAGCCAAGUUGUGCGUUUGGAGCCAUGUUUGGAAAUGAAGCAGGAAAGAGAAAGUACAAUCUUGAAUCAAAGGCAGCCGAGGAGAUUAAGGUUGUGCACAAACAUUCGGUGUCACUCCCAUCCCCUUCUUUUACUGAUAGAACCGAGCCAAGUCGUGAAUCUGAUGGUGCCAUAGCUCCAGAUAAAGAAGCAACAACUUUAUUUUCUGACUACCAUACAGUUUACAUUCCUGUAGGAGAUAGACACAUAAUAGUUGAGACUGGUAAAAUAGGAAGACAAGCUAGUGGAUCUGUUACCAUAAGAGAUGGAGGAACUAUUAUCUAUACAUCUGUUUGUAUGUCUAAUGUUUCAAGUGAGCCUUCUGACCUUCUUCCUAUGAUUGUACAUUAUCAAGAGCGCCUUUCAGCAGCUGGUAAAACUAGCGGAGGAUAUUUUAAACGGGAGGGAAGGAUUAAAGACCAUGAGGUACUUGUUUGUAGACAAAUUGAUAGGGCAUUGCGGCCAACCAUGCCUAAGGACUUCUACCAUGAAACUCAAAUACGAUCUGAGGUUUGGAGCUAUGAUGGUUUGCACUCCUCAGAUUCUCUGGCUAUUACAGCAGCUGGAAUUGCAGUAGCUCUCUCAGAAGUGCCAAACACAAACACUGUAGCAGGAGUUAGGGUCGGUUUAAUUGAUGAUAAGUUUGUUGUGAAUCCUACAACCAUGGAGAUGAAAGAAUCCAAACUGGAUUUAUUGUUAGCAGGCUCAGAAUCUGGGAUAUUAAUGAUAGAGGGUUACUGUGACUUUCUUCCUGAAGAGAAGUUGCUUCAAGCGAUAGAAGUUGCCAAGGAUGCUGUAAGAGCCAUAUGCGAACAGGUGGACAAUUUGGUAAAAAAGCAUGGGAAACCCAAAUUGCUUGAUUCGUUUAAAUUACCUCCACCUGAACUGUAUAAGCAUGUAGAAGAAAUUGCCGGUGAUGAGUUAGUCAAGAUACUACAAAUAAAAGACAAAAUACCAAGAAGGGAAGCCCUCUCGUCAUUAGCAGAAAAGGUUGUAAGUAGACUUACGCAGGUGGAAGAAUCUGUUGUUGAUGGCGAAUUUGAUGAAGGCUAUGUUCCCCUCUUCCCGAAUCAUUUUUACCCCAAGGAUGUGAAACUGGUGUUCAAACGUGUGUGUUCUGAGUACCUGCGAAAACAGAUAGUGAAGGGAGGGAAACGAAGUGAUGGCAGAACUCUAGAGGAGAUACGCGGUAUUUACUCAGAAUGCAGGUUUCUUCCUAGUGCACAUGGAAGUGCUCUUUUCACACGUGGGGAAACCCAGUCAGUGGCAGUGGUUACCCUUGGUGAUAAACGGAUGGCACAAAGAAUAGACAACCUUGUGGGUACGGAAGAUGUAAAAAAGUUCUAUCUUCAGUAUUCAUUCCCAUCAUCAUGUGUUGGGGGAGUAGGACGAAUUGGAGCACCAAGUAGAAGAGAAAUUGGUCACGGUACACUAGCAGAACGAGCCCUAAAACCAUGCUUGCCUUCUGAAGAUGAUUUUCCGUAUACGAUACGUGUUGAGAGCAACAUAACUGAAAGUAAUGGAUCUUCAAGCAUGGCAUCCGUUUGCGGGGGAUGCCUUGCAUUACAAGACGCUGGUGUACCGUUAAAGAGCUCUAUUGCGGGAAUAGCAAUGGGUUUGGUUCUAGACACACAGGAAUCUGGCGGAGAUGGAACACCACUUAUUUUAUCUGACAUCACCGGCUCGGAGGAUGCUUCUGGAGAUAUGGACUUAAAGGUUGCUGGGAAUGAAGAUGGAGUAACAGCAUUUCAAAUGGAUAUAAAGGUAGGUGGAAUUACUUUGUCAACAAUGAAGCAGGCUUUGCUGCAAGCAAAGGAAGGGCGAAAGCGUAUUCUUGCUGAGAUGUUGAAAUGCUCACCUCCCCCCUCAAAGAAGCUUGCUAAGCAUGCUCCACUUAUACUUGUUAUGAAGGUUGAACCUGAUAAAGUGAACCUUAUUAUUGGCUCUGGGGGUAGAAAUGUCAAGAGUAUUAUUAAAGAGACUGGUGUGGAGUAUGUUGACACUCAAGAUAAUGGAACAGUCAAAAUAACUUCAAGAGAUUUGGCAAGCUUAGAAAAAGCUAAAGCUAUUAUUAGUAACCUGACAAUGGUUCCAAUUGUUGGUGAUGUAUACAGGAACUGUAAAAUCACAGCUGUUGUUCGCUUUGGUGUUUUUAUAGAGAUAGCACCAGGCCGAGUGGGACUUUGUCAUGUUAGUGAAUUAAGUCUAGACCAGAUGUCAACACCAUACGAUGCUUUUAAGGUCGGAGACAUUGUGGAUGUCAAGCUCAUUAAGAUCAAUGAAAAAGGACAGCUUUGUUUAAGCCGAAAACAGCUGCUUCCAGAUCAGGGUACUGAUAACCCUAAUAAAAGUCAGCGUACAGCUGGCGGGUCAAACGACGGUGGCAGAUCAGGGUGCUGAUAAACCUAAUGUAGGCUGUUCCAUGUUUGAGGGAAGUUGCAUGAUUAACUUAUGAAUUUUAUCCCUCCUGAAAUUAAAUUAAAGAGGCUGCUUUAUAAGUUGUGAAGAAACAUAGGAUGCGUCUUGGGCAUCCAUUUUUCACAUUCAAGCAUUUGUAGCGUAGCUCAUGGACAUUUACAAAGGCUUCCUGAUAUCAACAUCUGGUUGAGGCCAUCGAACAUGUUGUAUGAACCUGUUGUAUUUGAUUUGUCAAUGUUGGUGUCUGAAUUUUGAGUUUAUGUUGUUUUAGUGAAGAACUCUCCCCUUUGUUUCCGGGACGUGUUGUGUUCCACUUGAACAACGUUUGAAGACUUUGUAUUGGGAUUUAGGAGCCCUUGUAACAACUUAUUUGCUAUGUUUAUUUCAAGUUAUUGCGACGUUUAAUCUUU